CACAAAAAGCUCUGAAUAGUUCAGAGAAGAGAAAGCUGCCCUCAGGUCAGAGCCAUGGUUCUUGCAUUCAUCUGUCUUCUGCUCUUUGCAGGUGGAUUGACAUCCAGUUUAGAAAUACAAGAUGAUCUUGAUCACCAGCUGAACUCUAAUCAGAGUUACACAAAUCUAUCAGAUGGGAAUACCACAAGUUAUAAUACGUCUGCUUAUAAUAACGAGACAUCUGACGAGGAAUUAGAUGAAACUGGAACUAAUUGUAGCUACCGGGAUGUUCUGAAGUACCUGGACCUGGCCAAGGACAAUGAAGCAUUGACCAUGAGCAGACCUGUUAGACACUAUAAAGAGAAAACUGAAGUUUACAUUGAAAUGAGGAUUUAUGCCAUUCUUGAUUUGAGAGAAGUUGACCAGUCCUUUAUAUCAUAUCUUUGGUUUCUUAUGGAGUGGGAAAAUGACUAUGUCUCCUGGAGUCCAGAUGACUUUUGUGGACUUUCCAAAGUAGUGGUUCCACGUAAAUCUUUGUGGAUGCCUGAUGUCAUAAUUGAAGAAAUGACUGAAAAGGAUAAAAACGUGCCGAGCCCCCUUGUCACCAUUCAUCAUGAAGGCUGGGUGGAGUACAGAGAUGAUAAGUUUGUGAUCAGCACCUGCAAAAUGAACAUUUUUAAAUUCCCCUUUGACAUUCAGAGCUGCGAUAUCACCUUUAAGUCGAUCUCAUACUCUGAUGAAGAGUUGCACUUUAUCUUAAAAAAAGACAAAGCAGUGAUCACAAUGGACUCUCAUAAGAAUAUCCGGAUGCAGUACGAAUGGAAGUUUCUCGAUAUCUCAGUCAUUGAAAAAAAUGGCGAUAGCUUUUACACCAACCAAACAGUUGUUGCCUACACUAUAACCAUGAAGAGAAAGUCUGCAUUUUAUGUGGUCAACUUUCUGCUGCCUGUCCUCUUCUUCUUGUGUCUGGACUUUGCCUCCCUCCUGAUGCCGACUGGCAGUGGAGAGAAGAUUAGUUUCAAGAUCACGGUGCUACUUGCUGUUACAGUGAUGCAGCUGAUUCUCAUUGAAAUUCUACCUUUUACCUCAAGCAGGAUUCCACUUAUAGUGAUUUAUUGCAUUGGGGUUUUUGCUGUGAUGCUGUUCAGCCUCAUAGAGACCGUUUUCUUGAGUUAUCUGAUGGAAAAAGACUCAUCAUCCCUGGAAGGCAAGAAGGAGAGUGACAUGCUUCAAAUAAAAGCUUCCUCCAUUGCCUCCACCUGUGAUGAGAUGAUCGAUCAAACACCAUCUAUGUGCAAAGGGGGCAGCAGCAGCCAGUUAUUCCUGGCCAUGGAGAAAGUCUCAGAUGAGCUUGCAGAGAUUAGAAAAAUCGUCCUCAACAAAGAGUCUGAGGAGAAGAAGGAUGGUUACUGGACCGGAGUCGCCAAGAAAAUAGACAAGAUUUUUUCCAUUCUAUAUGUCUUGGCAGCCAUUUUGUUUUUAUCUGUCCUCUUCUCAGUGUGGGUCUCAAAAGCUUCCCAAAAUGGUCCAGCCAUUAAACUUGAGGACUGAGCAAACAACAUAUCCUCAUCAUGGAUCUGCAGGUUCAGUUUGACUGAAAUUGAAACUCAACAAAUACAAUUAGUGACGUCUUCUGGCUUCUACUGCUGCCACUUGCAGAAAUAAACCGCUCUUCGUCAGAAACAACUAUGAGGAGAGUCCAUGUUCAUACUGCAUCCUGAAGUGAUCCAAAUCUGAUUUUAUUUAUGUUUUUUUGGGGGGCAAGGGGAGGUUUAUCUUUUUUCUUUUGACGUGGUCAUUCACAUUUCCAAAUAUAUAUGAUUUAUAUGUAAUUUUCAGUAUGAACUGCAGACAACCUGCAAUGGUCUUUCAUGAGCAGCAGAGGGCGCAGUAGCAGCGUUUUCAGUGUUUUGUCAACCACCAGAAAAAGUCAUGUUUGUGGAAGUAAACAUGAAUGCUAAUGGUGAAGAUGCAAAAACAUUCAUGCCUCUUAAAUGCUUUUAUCUUUUUCCGCAGUACAACAGCAAACUUUCUUCUUUUUUUUAAUCUGUUGACAAAAAACUGUAAAGUGCAGCAUGCACUUUUAUUUCCUUUUGAUCUGAUACCCAUCUGCAGCUGUUGCCUUUGUGGGUCACCUAAUCUGUAAAUAGUUAACCUGUGUUUAAUGUAACCUCAGCAUAAAUACAACAGUUCUUUGCGAAGCUGCAACCUGGAUGCUCCAUCCACAUGCUGAAGAUUGGUGGUGGCAGAAUUCUGCAGUUGGCUUGGGAAUUUUUUUUUUUAUUCAGCAGAGACGGUGAAAUGAAGAGGAGUAGGGAUAAAUACAGAGCAGAUUCUCAAAAAACUUGGACCUUUUGACCUUGGAUGGAGGUUUUUUCUCUAGCAGGACAGCUACUGAUAAUGCACAGAUGGAGUUACUGUGGAAUAGUAGACAAAUAAAAGCAUGUUUAGAUUAACAGUCAAGACCUUAAACAUUAACAUUUCUUAUGCUUUCCAUAUAAUCUAGAUUUUGGAAGACAUACCUUAAAAUUUGUGAUUGCAAUUUAUGGCUAAAUGUAUAAAAGUUAAACAGUGCAAGUCAAAUUAUUAUUCUAAUUUGACUUGCAAUAGUCGAUGUAUAUUAUAUGUAUGUUAAGGUCAUACAUGACACCCAAAUGUGUUUGCAUGCAUUAUAACACUCAGCAUAAGCAUGUUUAUUGAAUAAUAAAAUAAGUCUCACUUACAGCAGUAAAGAUGUUGUGCUUUCAAGGAGUAACUUAUGUGAAACUGCUCACUGCAUAAAACUGAUUAUAUUUAUGACUUGUGUGGUGUUUUUGUUAUAUGAUUUAAAACAUUAUUUUAGGUAAGGUUUGGUAAUUUAAUUUGUAUAGCACAUUUUCAGCAACAAGGCAAUUCAAAAUGUUUUACAUGAAUUAAAAGGAAAUACAAACAAAAUAAGAAACAAAAGAAAAAACAUCUAAUAAUGUUGUUCUAAAACUAUAUAAUUUAGAUAGUCCUGAUCUGGGAUACUAAAUAAGUUUAAGUAUCCUCUGGACUUUUAUGAGUAAGUAUCUUACUACUUAAUAUGCAAGCAGAGGAUACAAUGUGAUGAUUAUCUGUUUUCAAAGGAAAAAGUUGAUUUGUAAUUACUGAUAAGACCAAAUAAAGAAUAUAUCAGCUGUG